AUGAUCUCCAUAGGCACGCACCGCUUAUACACCUCAAUCUGUGGACCUCCUCGUAAACCAAAGGACCCACUAAUCAUUAUGAUCGCUGGUGCAGGCGACGUCGCAUCAUCCUACACAGCCCUGGUUUCCCUCGUCUCGCGGAAAUCUCGGGUCUUACUAUACGAUCGCUCGGGACUCGGGCAUAGUGAGCCCGGUCCAGGACGGCGUGUGGCCGUGAACCAUGCGCGGGAACUACACAACCUGCUCGAUGCGAUGGGGUUGAAAGCACCAUUUUUACUAGUUGCGCACUCUUACGGGGCUAUUGUUGCCCGCGAAUUUCUCCACUUGUAUGCUGACGAGAUUGUCGGCAUGGUUCUGGCUGAUGGGGCGACGGAGAGGCAAUGUGAUUAUUUCAUCAUUCCUGAUGAGAAUAUCAUCGCGGUACUCGGUGAUUUGAAAUGGGCACACGUUACUGGUCUACGAGAGGAUUCACGGUUAUCCCGGGAUGAGUGGCGAGAGCGAGCGAUUGAUAUUGCUCGUGGUGUGGCGGCUGCACAGGCGGAGGCAGACUCUUAUGUGGAGGUCUGUCGCACACUGGCAGAGAAACAACAAUUGCAGCGUCAAGCGAUGGGGAACAAGCCGUUGAGUGUGAUUCGCUGUAACGGUGCAAGGGACUAUGAGCGGAUCUAUGACAAGGGUGUGGCGGCUGGGAAUGGAACAGCUCAGCAGAGACAGGCAUUUCGUGUGCUUUUGGAUCAGUGGGAUACUAUCGAUCAGGAGCUGAAAGAGGAGCAGCUGAAGCUGUCAUCAAACACAAAGCUGGUGCAUUUGCCCGACUGUGGACAUAAUGUCCAUCUGAUUCGCCCUGACGUGGUUACGGAGGAAAUCGAGUGGGUGCUGGACCAGCUGCAUAGCCCAGAUCGGGAAGAUACGAAGCUCUAG